AGUAGGACAGAGGCAGGCACCUGCUCCCCAUCCUCGGGCUCGACCAUUUCCAGAUCCAGUUGCCCACUUGAUUUUCUUCUCUCCUUAGGUUUCUGCUGACCGCAAGCUGCCCCUCCCCUGCACAGGAUGAGAGUGUCAGGACUGCUCCGCAUGCUGGCCCUCACCUUUGUCCUGGUCACCACCCUGAUCUUUGUGCGCAGCUACAUCAACUUCACCAUGAGAACCAUCCGUCUGCCACGCUGGAUGGCAGGUCUGAACUCCAAGGAGACUGAGACCCCAAAGACUAAGUGUGGCCUCAGCAAGACCUGCCCAUCCAACUUCUUUGCAUUUAAGAUCAGCAGUGGGGCCGCCAACGUCGUGGGUCCCUCUAUGUGCUUUGAAAAUCAGAUCAUCAUGAGUCCGGUGAAAAACAACGUGGGCAGAGGCCUGAACAUCGCCCUGGUGAAUGGAACCACGGGACUGCUGCUGAGACACAGCUCCUUUGACAUGUACUCUGGAGACACCAAGCCACUGCUGCAGUUUCUUACAGAAAUCCCAGGCGACACGUUGGUGCUGGUGGCCUCCUAUGAUGACCCGGGGACCAAGAUGACCGAAGAAAUCAGGAAGCGCUUAUCUGACCUGGGCAGCACCUACGCAAAAGAUGUAGGCUUCCGGGACAGCUGGGUCUUCCUGGGGGCCCGAGACCUCAAAAGCAAAAGCCCCUUUGAGCAGUACCUCAAGAACAGCCCAGAAACAAACAAAUACGAAGGCUGGCCAGAGCUCCUGGAGAUGGAGGGCUGUGUACCCAGGAAGAUUUUCUAGAGCGGCUUUAGCUGUCCCUGGGUGGGGCACCUGAGAAGCUCCUGCCAGACCCAGGAGGCAGAUGCCAAGCAGGACACAGCACGGGUUGCAGAGUCGCCAGUAAUCCUUGCACACAUGGCAACUCACUUCCGGUCUUUGGAACCUGAACCCUCCCACUGCCCCUAUGAACUUGAGUGGGCCUGAGAGACACCCAGCUUCAGAAGAUCCUUCUGGAAGCCACUGUGUGUGGGAGUGCACAGGUGUGCUUCCUCUGGGGACUGAUAGCCCACACUUGAGCAGAAUUAAAUUUUAUUUUUAUUGAUGUGGAA